CGCGCCGCCGCCACCGCAGCCCUCGGCUUCCCGGGCUGGAAACCUUUGGAGACUGAGCGGCUGCCUCUAGGUCUGCGCUGCCCGCCGCCCCUCCCGCCGUCCCGCGGCUUGCGAGGGAGCACAACGGGGACUCGGGGCAGCCGGGGAAACCUGUGACCCCCCGCGCAGGAGCGGGGCGGGGGACCGGGAGAAGAUGGCGACGCCGGGAAGCGAACCCCAAGCUUUCACGCCCGCCCUCUCGGUAACCACCCUGCACCCGCAUCUCCACCAGCACCACCAGCACCACCAGCACCACGGAAGCACGGGAGGCGCGGGCUUCAACCUGCCCUUGAACCGUGGGCUGGAGCGCGCGCUGGAGGAGGCGGCCAAUUCUGGGGGCUUGAACCUGAGCGCAAGGAAGCUGAAGGAGUUUCCCCGGACGGCAGCCCCGGGGCACGACCUCUCGGACACGGUUCAAGCAGAUCUGUCUAAAAACAGGCUGGUGGAAGUGCCGAUGGAACUGUGCCAUUUCGUAUCACUGGAAAUUCUUAACCUGUAUCACAACUGCAUCCGGGUCAUUCCUGAGGCCAUUGUUAAUUUGCAGAUGCUUACCUACUUAAACCUGAGCCGAAAUCAGCUGUCCGCCCUGCCCGCCUGCCUGUGUGGUCUGCCUCUCAAAGUCUUAAUCGCAAGUAACAACAAGCUGGGAUCACUGCCUGAAGAGAUAGGUCAGCUCAAACAGUUAAUGGAGUUGGACGUCAGCUGCAAUGAGAUCACAGCCUUGCCCCAGCAGAUAGGCCAGCUGAAGUCUCUACGAGAACUGAACGUCCGAAGAAAUUACCUUAAGGUUUUACCACCAGAACUCGUAGAUCUCCCCUUGGUCAAGUUUGACUUUUCCUGCAACAAAGUUCUGGUGAUCCCCAUCUGCUUUAGAGAGAUGAAGCAGUUACAAGUGCUCCUGCUGGAGAACAACCCUCUCCAGUCUCCUCCGGCUCAGAUUUGCACAAAAGGCAAAGUGCACAUAUUUAAGUAUCUGAGUAUACAAGCAUGCCAGAUUAAGACGACUGACCCCCUCUACCUCCACGCCAUGGAGAGGCCUCAUUUACACCAGCAUGUAGAAGACAGUAAGAAGGAUUCUGAUUCCGGAGUUGGAAGUGACAAUGGAGAUAAGCGGUUGUCUGCCACCGAGCCCUCUGAUGAGGACACAGUUAGCCUCAAUGUUCCCAUGUCAAACAUCAUGGAGGAAGACCAGACCAUCAAGGAGGACGCAUGCCAUCGUCCGACCCCAGCUAAAGGAGAAUUUCAGCCAAAGCCUUCCCUUUUGGGUGACAGCAACAGCCCAGGACAAGAAAGAGACCAGUUUGCUGAUGGAGCAGAUGCUCUCCACCCGGGAUUUAUGAACUAUAUUAAGAACCAGACAGAAGACUGUGAAGAGCUUUUGCGGAUAGAAGAGGAUGCUCACUGGCCAAUGGAGGGACUACUAGGUUCAUCCAAAGAUCAGGAUUUGGAUAUAGCGAUGAUUGAGCAGCUGAGGGAAGCAGAGGAUUUGCUUCAGGAUCCCAACGGCCUGAGCACCGACAUUACAGAGAGAAGUAUUUUGAACCUGUACCCAAUGGGCUCAGCAGAAGCCUUAGAAUUACCUGACCCUACACUCAAUGGUCAGCUGCAGCUGGAGACGUCUCCAGAGUGUGAGGUGCAGAAUGACCUAAUGCUACAGAGUAAUGGGAGCCAGUAUUCUCCAAAUGAGAUGAGAGAGAACUCCCCUUCAAUGUCUCCAACUGCAAACGUCACAGCUCCGUUUGGCCUGAAGCCCCGCUCGGACCCAGCCCUCAUUCUUCCUAUCUCCUUCAACAAACUUACGCAGGCACAAACAUGGGACAGCCCUAGCUACAGUGUUCCCUCUGAAGGAGACAGUGACAAUGUGUUUCUAAGACCUCAGAGAAAUUUGGAGUCGAUCGACCCGCAGUUCACGAUUCGGAGGAAAAUGGAGCAGAUGAGGGAAGAGAAGGAGCUGGUGGAGCAGCUCCGCGAGAGCAUCGAGAUGAGGUUGAAAGUGACCCUGCACGAAGACCUAGGCGCAGCGCUCAUGGACGGUGUCGUGCUCUGCCACCUGGCCAACCACAUCCGCCCGCGGUCUGUCGCCAGCAUCCACGUCCCCUCACCUGCGGUUCCCAAACUAAGCAUGGCCAAGUGCAGGAGGAAUGUGGAAAACUUCUUGGAAGCAUGCAGAAAACUUGGCGUUCCCGAGGCUGACCUCUGCUCUCCGUAUGACAUCCUGCAGUUGGAUUUUCGUCACAUUCGAAAGACUGUUGACACUCUGCUGGCACUCGGGGAGAAACCCCCACAACCAACUUCUGCCCUCCGCUCCAGGGACCUUAUAGGCUUCUGUCUUGUCCAUGUUCUCUUUAUAGUACUGGAAAAGCUCUGUCUGCCUCAUCACAUCCUCGAAGAGAAAGGCCUGGUCAAAGUGGGCAUGACCGUUCAAGCGCUGUUGGACGUCACCGUCACCAAAGCUCUGUUCACAUGAGACCAAGCCCUCUCCCCUGGGUGGGCUCAGACUCUACCCAGAGCAGGGGCUCCCGACUCUGCUCCUGGCACCUGCACCGACUCCCCCACUCACCACCUGCCAGUUCCCUGACAAGCUACGUUGACAGGGUUUCAGCCUAUGGGAGGAUUCAGGACCUUUUAGAGUUGGCCUCCAGGGUUCAGGUUGGACGGGUAUUAUCUGACAGCCAGUGAGGGAGCUGGCAGAGAACUGAGUAGCACAUCAUUGCCUUUUCAACCUCCUUCAUCCCUUCCACACUCACCGACUGCCAUUACCAAAUGCCAAGCACAAGCCGUUUCACAGUGAGUCGCGUCCGUCUUAUCAAAACCAAACUUCUUGCAGAAUCAGUGGGGGGGAGGGGGAAUGCAAUCAGGUUUUUUUGCCACCAAAUUUUUUCAAGAUGUUUCUUGAGACCAUUGCCUUUUUUGAGAAACUAUUUUCAACAUACAAAAUAUUUAUAUAAAUAUUAUUUAUUAGUGAGUUGUUAUUCAUCCUUUGGAUGCAAAUUGUAAAUUAGGAAACUAUUUUAUUACUGCUUUUUUGUGGUUAAGCAAUUUAUUUUAAUAUUAUAAAUACUGAGUUAUUUUCGAGCCUCUUGGGCGUGUAGGAGUUCCAGGUCUCAGUGUUCCUAUUUCCUGGUGUAUAUGAUUCAGAAGAAAAAAAAAUUAAACAAGAAACACAUGCUUCUGUGACAGAGAGCUGUUUUCUGGGGAGGUGAUAUCCACCUUUUGAUUUGAGGAACAUCGUUCUUAUUUAUAUUUCUGCAUUCCAUCCAGUUUCCUACAUUCCAGCAGCCCUCUUGUCCCAUAUUAUAAUGAACUGACUGAAAUCAAGAGAGCACCCCAAAGUUACUUGUAAAUAGCUAUGUGGAAAAAAAAAGACAUAUUAAACUUGAAGAUGAAAUGUGAACAGGUUUUUUUUUUUUGACUCAUGUUUCUUUUGCUAUGCACAAAACAUUCACAUUUUAACACAGAGAAGUGGGAAGUGUUCAGUAUAUAUCUUGAAGUAUAAUUUUGCACUGUAUUUUGGGUAAUUGAGGAGCAUCUAGCACCAAAGGUAGAUGUUGAAGAAAUGAAUGAGAAAAUGGAGAUGAUGGAAGGUGACUGUCUAACUAAAAGGGUUAUAGAGCUUGAUUCAGGACACCAGUACUUGUUACGACUGCCGGCAUUUCAAAGAGCGAGAGAUUCCGAAAUGUAGACGCGUUUGUUUUUAUUGUAAUCGAGCUGGUGCUUUUUAAAGAGUCCAGACUUGGAAGCUUCAUAGUGCCUGGUAUGAAACUUGGGAUGUGAGUGGGUCAUGGGGCCUCUGGUGGGAGCUACAUGUGCAGCCAAGCAGACUGAGUGAAGGUGGAGUAAGUAGAGUGUGGGAGCAGCCGGGGGGAGCAAAGACAAGCACACUGGCACUAGAAAGGAGCCAGCCCAGGAGAGGAGCCCGUCCCAUGCUGUCGGUGGGAGAGCUUCACCGAAGGCUUCGCAGGACUAUGCCGGGCAGUCACACCCACGCACACUCAAACUGUCGGUAUGUAUGGGUACCCGAGUCAUUCGUCUGUCAAAAGCCUGUGAAUACUGACUGCACUUUCACCUCUGUACAAAGCCAUUGGCAGUUUCUAGAGUGACAGUAGCCACAGUGAGGGACCUUCAAGGUAGAUACAAGAGACUAUAGGAUGAGUGAGUGCAUUCAACAGAGACUGACCCUCCACCAGGAAGGAUGGAGGGGAUCUGAACAUGGGGAUUCAGACAGGCAGCUAGUAGGUUACUUCCUAUCAAAUGUACUGUGCACUUUAACAUAAAUAUAUUUUACUACUUUUCUGUACUGCACAAAUACCUGUUUUGUCAAAUGGCAUAACAAUGUAAAGAUGGGAGGAUUUUUAACAGAGUGUACUCAACUGGAGCAGCAUUCGGAGCCGAUCUACACAAGGGUUUAGAAGGCCGCACCUUCGCGGCAUUGCGGCGCCGCGUCCUGAAAUAUAUUUUUACAUGUAUCUCUGACGACAUGAAGCUCCAUAAUCAUUACUUUUGGAUAUUUUUUUUCAAAAUUAAAAGAUUUCUUUUGAUAUUAAUUUCCACAAUUUUCUUGAAAUUGGCUGUAUCAUACAAAUGGCUUCAGUAUUUUGUAAAAUGUUUUUUUUUUAAAUGCAAUUCUUGUAUGGAUAAGAUGUCUUCAAGAUGCUUGUACACUGUUUAUCUGUGCAAUGAAAUGUGCAUGGCUGGCUGACCGUAUGAUAAGUAGACAGAAUGUAUAUAGUGCAAACUUUUUAUUAUUUAACAGCCAUUAAAAUUUUGAACUUGUACCAAC